AUGGCAGAUCAGUUGAAUCAAUAUCUAGAUAUUUUGUCUGAUUUUAGUGAAGAUAAGUUGGUUACCGACCAAUAUACAGUCCAUACAACGAAUCAUAGUGGGUCAUCAAGUCACACCUCACUUCAAGCUUCAAAUCCAUUGACUGAAAAUUCACUAUGUGUUGGCAUGUCUUUUGACACAAAAGAGUCCACCGUGUCAUGUAUCAAGCAAUACCAUAUUGACAAUGGUUAUAGAUUUGUUGUUUUUGAGAGCAAAUCUGAAAAAUUUAUAUGUCGAUGUGUCGACUACAAAAAAGGCUGCCCGUGGCGUUUACGGGCUGCUUAUAACAACCGAAGUUUGAAUUGGGAAAUUAGAAAGAUUGACGGAUCACACACCUAUUUGUCAACCAUGCAACCUGCAAAUAAUGUCAACCUUGAUUCCAACCAAAUUGGUUAUAUUGUGAUGAACUUUGUAAAGGAAAACCCUUCCACACCUAUCAAAAGUUUGAUAGCUGAAAUUAAACAUCGUUUCGGAUAUUCAGUUUCAUAUGACAAAGCCUGGAAUGGUAAGCAAAAAGCGCUUGCUAAGGAGUUCGGAGAUUGGGAAGAGUCUUACAAUGAACUUCCCAGGUGGUAUCAAGUUGUACAACAAAGCAAUCCCGGCACAAUAAUUCAAUGCACUGGAUCUCCUGUACAAGUAAGUGGCCAACCUGACCAUUCUUGCUAUAUUAUGGAACACGUAUUUUGGUCUUUUGGACCAUGCAUCCAAGGGUUUAACUAUUGCAAGCCAGUUGUCCAAGUAGAUGGGACAUUUCUGACAAGAAGAUAUCAAGGAACAUUGCUAACAACACUAGCUCAAGAUGGGUCACGUAACAUAUUCCCUUUGGCCUUCGCAAUAGUGGAAGGAGAAACAAAGGAGGCCUUAAUAUGGUUUUUUCAACUCUUAAGGGAGCAUGUUACACCACAAUCAAACCUCUGCUUGAUAACAGACAGGGGGAAAGGCAUACGUCAUAUUACUUCAAAUUUCAACAAAAAAUUCAAGAAUCACGAAUUGAAGAACCGGUUAAAGAAUAUGGCUUACGAGGUGAAACAACCCAUAUUGGAUGCUAAAUUGGCAGCAUUGAGAUCCUAUUCACCAGAAGUGGCAUCUUGGAUUGACAGGAUACCACUACAAAAAUGGACUCAGGCCUACGAUGGAGGUAGUAGAUUCGGGCACAUGGCAACAAACCUGGCAGAAUGUAUGAAUUUUGUUUUAAAAAGAGCUCGUUCAUUACCAAUUUGUGCUCUAAUUAGGGCAACAUUUGAAAGGACCGCAACAUGGUUUGUUGAGAGAGGGGUUAAGGCAGACUCCAUGUUCGAGCAGGCCACCAAUAUACAGAGGAAAUUAAUGCUAUCAUUAGAAAAAAUCAACAACAAGCGGGAAUGUGUCAAGUUCGUCGAUACUCAAGAGAAAAUAAUGAAUUUCAAGUUCAAGAGAUGUUUUCUCCACAUGAUCACCGCCUACCAAUGUCUUUUACAGUUAGAUUAA